GGAGCGGAAGUGUGGGCCGCAUGAAGCCCCGCCUCCUCCCUCCCCGACAUGGCGGCGUUGAAGGUCGCCCUGGUGCCCUACAUUCUCCCCGAGUACUGCUACGAUGAGCUCGUCGUCAACCUCAACCUCCUGCACGGCCUGGCCUUCCUCUUCACCUACUUCGCCCUCCUGUCCUUCCUGCUCUCUCCGGUUACGCCGCCGGCGGUCGUGACUACGCUUCAGGUGUCCAACAUGCCCACUGCCGCCACAAGCAGGCUCCUACAAGCAGCCACCAAUUACCGUAACGGCCACACAGGGCAGCUCUCGGCCAUCACGACCUUCCUGCUCUUCGCGGGAUCCUUGGCACGGAUCUUCACGUCCAUCCAGGAGACGGGGGAUCUCCUAAUGGUGCUGACGUACGUCGUCUCCCUGGCCUGCCACAGCCUCAUUUUGGGACAGGUGCUGUACUACUGGAACGCUACGGGCAGGCUCAAGGAAGAGUGACCGGGCCUGCUGCACGCCCACCCUCACCCGCGGGGCGGCCAUGCCCGCCGGCUGACCUCAAGGAUGCCCGCUACCCACCCUCCUUUCCUGCAUUCUGAGCCCAGGGAAGGGGCUCCCAGGGGAGUUUUUAAUGCCCCACGCAGCGCAGUGGAGCUUCAGCCAGGGCUGCUGGCUUUCUUUCAUUUGGGGGGUGUAGGGGAUGGGAAGGGGGUUCUUUCCUCGCUAACCCCCCCUUUUUGAAAACAAAGAAGCUGCAACCGAUUGGUUCCUUGUCUUGCCCUUCUUCCUCUCCCUUGCAAAGCACAACAGCUCCCCCCUCCCAAGGAAGUUUCUGCCCCCUCUCCUUGCCCUGGGGUGGGUGGGUGUGGAACAUGGGCCUCUUGGCAGGCUAAAUUGGGGUGAUUAGGGAGAGAAGCCGCCCUCCCCCUUCAGGGAGGGAGGGCAGGUGACUCAACACAGCUGCCUGGGGGAGGGGGGGGGAGCAUGGAUUCAAGCCAUCCGAAAAAGGCAGCCCAGG